AUGACCGGUGGGCCAAUUUGUUGGUGGGGUCGUAUUGUGUUGGCUGGGUGUGGAGUGGGCGGGUGUGAUUGGUUUCUCCUCGCGCAGAGCCCAUUGGGCAACCGUGCGAACCCUAGCCCCAAUCCACAGUCCCCACGCCCCUCACUCCUCCCUCCCUCGUCCGCCGCCGCGCUCCCUCCCUCCUCCCUCCUCUUCCUCCUCCUCCCUCGUCUCCACGGCCUCUGCCCUAGGAGCCCCACUGCCGACUGCUACUCCACCACCACGCCCCUUCCUCCUCCUCGCCUUCCCAUCGCUCGUGCACAGGUCGCCGCUGUGGCAGAUCAGGGACAGUGCUGGGUCGUCAAGAUGGGGUGGUUACAAAGGCUUCCCAGCCCAACGGCGCCGUCAUGGGAGGAGGCUCACCAUCGAAGAGUAGCCGCAGGUGCACAACAUCCAAAGAGGUGCAGCCGGGAAGAGGUGAGGAUAAGUCGCUUGAUUGACAAGAGCAGAGCAGCGGAUUGGAUCGAGGGGGCCUGCAUGUCCACGCCGCCUAGAGUCACCCUGACUGCCGUCUCAAGCCGCAACCGCGAGUCAACUGCACCGCUGCCGCCAGGAAUCCCGUCCCCAGCAAGGGAUGGCAAGGCAGCUUGAAGGUGGUCACGGCCAUCUCGCAGAGAUGGUGCAAGCUGUCAAGAAUCACGGUGCUGGGGCACUGCACUUCACCGCCGGGUGCAAGAUGGUGGAAGUGUGCGAGUACCUGUUGAGGAUUUCCAGGUGGACGUGGAUGUCGUUGACCAAGCAG